AUGGAAAACGAAGGUUUACCCAUAAAUCAGGUUUACCGAUCCCCUUGGAGGACGAGAGACCAGCAACAGCAGCCGCAGGAGGAGAUUUUGAUCAUCGAUGAGCACCAACUGCACAGUUUCAUUUUCAAAAUUUACUCUCUUGCCAUCACACUGUGCGCGUUGUCUGCGAUUCCGUGGAUUAUCCUGUCAAGUCUCGAAUUAGAAGUUGAAGAGAAGAUCGCCGUUCCACCUUGGGUGUGGGCGGUGUUGGCCAUGAUCCUCCUGACGGUGCUCAGUUGCAUUCCGCAGACGCCCAAUACCACGCCCAUCUGCUGGGCCUUGGUGAUCCUUUGCGUGUUUUUUAUCACGUUCUUCGGUGCAUAUUAUGUUCACUAUCAAAAGGUCGUGGUCCUCGUUAGUUGCAUGUUGAUUUCUGUAAUUUUGCUGGUCCUGCUGCACUUCUACGGGGCCAAGGCUCCCGAGGUCGUGCUCCCCAACAUACUCUGCACCUGCUGUGUGGUUCUCUUUGGCAUGAUCACAAUGAUGACUCUCAUGAUCCUGAUGCUGAUCACCAGAAACGUCAUCUAUCAGCUUGCCUUGGGCAUAGUUAUCAUGAUUAUCGUGAUAAGCACAGCCCCCAUCCAGGCCAUGUACAACUGCGGCCGACUUAAUUACGUGCCCAUUAAUGAGACGGCAGGCUGCGCCAACGCAUUUUAUAUUCACUUUGUAUUCGGUACCGCCUGCAUGUUGUUAUUUGCUGAGUUCUACAAGGCAGUAAAUACAUGAAGUUACAAUAAAAUUGCCAGCCAUUUCCAAAUUUGUAUAAUAGUAA